GCCAGCAUCUUCUGGCGUGCGCGCUCCCCCAGUGUCACCUUGUUGGAAACACUGGUAGACCUGCAGAGUGGAGAGGGGUAUUCAGGUUUGGGUUAGCUACAGAGUCCAGGGAUUAACUGCAUAACCAUGGCAGCCGCAGCAGGCCCCCCCAAGCCGAAGACCUCUCCCAAAUCCAUAAAGUUCCUCUUCGGGGGUCUGGCCGGGAUGGGGGCGACGGUGUUUGUGCAGCCGCUGGACCUGGUGAAGAACCGCAUGCAGCUGGCCGGGCAGGGCUCCAAGGCGCGCGAGUACAAGACCAGCCUGCACGCCGUGGCCAGCAUCCUGCGCAACGAGGGCAUCGGGGGCAUCUACACCGGUCUCUCCGCAGGGCUGCUGAGGCAGGCCACCUACACCACCACUCGUUUGGGGAUCUACACCGUGCUGUUUGAGCGCAUGACCAAGCCGGACGGGACGCCCCCCAACUUCCUCAUGAAGGCGCUGAUCGGCAUGACGGCGGGGGCCACCGGCGCCUUCGUGGGCACCCCCGCCGAGGUGGCCCUCAUCCGCAUGACCGCCGAUGGCCGCUUGCCCCCGGACCAGAGGAGGGGGUACAGCAACGUGUUUAACGCCCUGAUUCGGAUCACCCGUGAGGAAGGGGUCACCACUCUCUGGAGGGUGGGUACCAAACUCUCUCCCCUUCUUUCUCUCCUUCUACCUUUCUCUAUCUCUCUUUUGGCACGCACACAUCAGGACUUAUGUUACUGUAUUUUGAUGGUGAUGUUACAGUAUUUUGAUGGUGACGGUAUCUGUUUGCUCUCAGGGUAUUUUGGUGAUGACAUCCUGUGCCACUUCUGCGCCAGCAUGAUUAGUGGACUGGUCACCACUGCCGCGUCCAUGCCCGUGGACAUCGCCAAGACCAGAAUCCAGAACAUGAGGAUGAUCGAUGGCAAACCAGAAUACAAAAAUGGGCUGGACGUGCUGAUGAAGGUGAUUCGGAACGAGGGCUUCUUCAGCCUGUGGAAGGGCUUCACGCCGUACUACGCCCGCCUGGGACCCCACACGGUGCUCACCUUCAUCUUCCUGGAGCAGAUGAACAAGUUCUACAAGAAGUACUUCCUGGACUCGUAGAGCGAGCGGCUGGCUGGGGCUGCCUGUGAAAAUGUGGACCCUGCCCUACCCCACACACACACUCACACUCACACACACACACACACACACACACACACACUCACACACACACACACACACACACACACACCUAUGCUGGGGUUUACACACGGACAAACGUACACACUCGUUCACACACCCGACACCUCAAACACCCUUUUGACCCUAACCCCUCUGCAGCACCCCUUCAGAAGACUACCACCCGUCCGCCCUUUCCCCACAACCUAGUACACUAAGAGGGUAGCAGGGACGGACGUAGCACCACCAACUGCUAGCGCUGAUGAGUCUACAAACACAAGCACAGCCCUGUCCCACCACAUGAAGCAGCCCCUCAUAGAGAGAAGCCAGUAUGUGUGCAGGAAUUUAGGACUUUUCCCCUUCACCCCUUUUUUUGACCCCCCCCCCCCCACCCUUUGAGCACUUGCUGCUGUCCCAUCCCCAGCUGUUCUCAGUCUCCCACGGCUCAGUCAAAACUGCAACCAACGGUUUUGGUCACCAUGGCAACCACACCCCCACCACCCCCCAAGGCUCCACAGCUGCCUCCAUCUUCAAACAAGCCCCUCUCUCGUCUCCAUGGUGACGCGCAGCCACCCAGCACAUAGCACAUAUGUCCGUUAGAGCCCCACGCGACGUAGACGAACACGUGUCCGAGCACCGAUUCUGGAUCAGAUCUCUCUCUCUCACACACACACACAUCACACUGUGUACUUGGCCUGCCUGAUCCAGGAUCAGUUUUCAUGGACAGAAGGCAUUUGGGAGCUCAGGGGAGGCGAAUAGAAACCCUUUUCAUUUAUGUGUACAUUAACGGCGCAUGCGUGGAUUACCGCCGCACUGCAAGUGUGCGGCUUAAUCACUGUGCGACCAAAAAAGGACUUACAGCUGGUGCAAGCUGAUAGGCUGAAUGCUCGGCCAGUCAAAACGACUGCAGCAGCAGCACCAGGUAUAACAUGACAUCAGGCAGUGUCUGCCAUUGGCUGUACCACAACUCAUGGUUUAGCUGGCUUGGGGUUUCCACUAAUCGAACUGAAUUUGGACAUUUAUCAUGAGGAGGAAAAGAAAAGAUGUGUAUUCUGUGGAAGAUAGUUCGGUUUUCUCUGUCAGUUCAAAGUUAAAGUGAAUACGUUGGGAUAUUUCAUGUCCAGAGUCCAGCUCUUGACAUCCCUUGUGUCAGCUCGCAAGUGAUUAAAGACCUUAUUAGUCUGCAAAGAGUGUGCUACAGCCAGUACAGAAAUCAUAGUGAGUAAUGUUAAAUGUUUAGUCGUGAUGUUGAAAAUGAUGUGUGGCACUUUUUUGGGUGGGUGGGUGGGGGGGGGGGGCGGGGGUAAUUCUCUGGUAAAAUUUUUCAAACCUCAAAUGAAGGACAGCUGCUGGGCAUGGUACCCCACUGCUGUACCACGGGACUGGUUUAAAACUGGACAGGCCUGGUUUAAAACCUCUUCAAAUAAACUUCUGCUUAUUCAAACAA